UACAAUCUAGGACUCCUUUACCCGUUGGGCUCUCAUGCUUUAACUGUUGGUUGCUUGCAUCUAACAAUCUGACCUUGUGAUUCCGUACCCAAUCGUUUAUACAUAGCCUUACUUUCGCCAGGGGUACUGUUAGCCGUAAGUGGCCCAGGGGGUCCCGGCAGACCCGGCAGUCUGCGCCGUGUGACAAGAGCAUUAUGGGACAAUGGUAUAGUAUCAUGCAGUGGCCGCCCUUGCCGUGGAGUUAGUUCUAAUUAUAUCCGGAUUGUUGUGUAUACGUAGUCCAUGCUCAUACAUCAUAUUUCAUGCCCAUGAGAUUGUUGCGAGUGUCAAUAUAAAAUGGAGCUGGCCAGAUUUCUCGUUGGCAACUUGGAAUACAGACUCACAUCAACCUCACAGAUUUAUCUCAAGUCCUUUUUUCAUCGCACAAAAAUAUAAACACCAUAGUCUUGAAACGAUUACGAUGCCUGGAAACCUCCCACCUUCGACUAUUGCAGGAAAGCCUGUAAACCCUAUUGGUUAUGGCAUGAUGAAUCUGACCGCCCUUGGAACUGUUUCUCAUGAUGACGCUAUCAAGUCGUUGAAGGCAGCCAUUGACAAUGGAGCCAACUUUUGGAACGGUGGAUUGUUCUAUGGCCCCCCUGAGGCGAAUUCCCUUGUGCUUCUUAAAGACUAUUUCACCCAGUAUCCUAAGGAUGCUACCAAGGUUGUGAUCAGCAUCAAGGGAGCGUAUAACUUUGCCACCCUGACCCCAGACUGUACACCAGAGGGUAUUCGGGCCUCUGUAGACGAUGCUCUGCGCCAAUUAGGUGGCACCCACCCUGUUGACCUAUUCGAAUGCGCUCGUAUUGAUCCAAACGUGCCUGUCGAGAAUAUGGUCAAGACCCUCGCUGAAUUGAUUAAGGAGGGGAAGAUCGGUUCUUAUGGUUUGAGCGAAGUCAACGCCAACACGAUCCGCCGAGCACAUGCGGUACACCCAUGCGCCGGCGUUGAGGUGGAGAUUAGCCUUUUCUCGCGCCAUACCCUCGAAAAGGGUGGUAUCGUCGAUACUUGCCACGAGCUGGGGAUCCCCAUUAUUGGCUACGGUGUAUUGGAUCGCGGCGUGCUUUCAGGGAAAUUCAAAACGCUCGACGACAUUCCUAAAGACGAUCCACGACACCACUUUCCACGCUUCCAACCCGGUAAUUUCGAACAAAACGUGAAAUUAGCUGAGUUUGUACAAGGUAUCGCGAAGAAGAAGGGGGUCACGCCUGCUCACGUGGCUAUUGCAUGGGUAAAACAACAUGGCGUCCUCGCCAUUCCUGGUGGUACUAAAGCAACCCAAGUAAAAGAGAACACCCAAGAAGUUGAACUCACUGACAGCGAGAUGGCUGAGAUUCAGGAAGCACUGGACAAGUACGAGGUCGCAGGGUUCCGAUAUCCAGAGUUCUUUGCUGCAGGUCUAAACCAAUAGGUUAGCAUGGCCGAACUCACAGGGUGUUUGAACGUGCGAAGUUGGAUUUCGUGUCAGAAUAGAUUGUAGAUGGAAUGAUUGUGUGAUCAAAAGUUUAGGUCAGCUGGAGUGGAAUCAAGCUAGACUCCUCUACAAAUGAUGACACAUACGCAAGUUACUCCGUCGCAGCGAGGGAAACUUGAUAUAUCACCCACUCAGAUAAUUGACACUCAGUUUCAGUUUUUCCUUGAGACUGCGGCUAGAAAGCUAAGAGUAUUUGGCAUCCCAGCUCCAUCAAAAUAAUGUAAUCAUGGCCGUUGCAACAUUUUGUUCAAUAAUAUAUUUCAUACCCGCUAAUUAGAUCACUUUAACUCAAAGGACCACUCCAAGAAUACAUGAAAUCCGAGAAAAUCAAGGGGUUACUAGCUUCAUGACCAAUACACAACCAUAUAAACCUUA